UGGAUCUACGGUGGAUUCGGGGUGGGAUUUUCUGACGCUCUGUGUUGUUGUUUUGUUUUUGUUUUGUUUGUUUGUUUUUUCUUAAAUCUUAGAAACAUUCAUUUUCGCACAUCAUUGGGGGUCGGUCAAUCGUGUGCGCUGAGCGCCGUAGACGGCGGUGGAAAUAAUGAACUCCAGUGUCGACCUGUCCCGGCGGAAUCCGCAGGAGGACUUCGAGCUUAUCCAGCGGAUAGGAAGCGGCACGUACGGAGAUGUGUACAAGGCUCGUAAUGUUAACACAGGAGAGCUGGCUGCUAUCAAAGUCAUCAAACUGGAACCCGGGGAAGACUUUGCUGUUGUCCAGCAGGAGAUCAUUAUGAUGAAGGACUGCAAACACUCAAACAUCGUAGCUUAUUUCGGCAGUUACCUUCGGAGAGAUAAGUUAUGGAUCAGUAUGGAGUACUGUGGAGGAGGCUCUCUGCAGGACAUCUAUCACGUAACUGGGCCUUUGUCAGAGUCACAGAUAGCCUACAUGUCGCGAGAGACCCUACAGGGUUUAUACUACCUGCACAACAAAGGCAAAAUGCACAGAGACAUCAAGGGAGCCAACAUCCUCCUGACAGACAACGGCUAUGUUAAACUGGCUGAUUUUGGUGUAUCGGCUCAGAUCACAGCAACUCUAGCCAAAAGGAAAUCGUUCAUCGGAACUCCUUACUGGAUGGCUCCAGAGGUGGCAGCAGUGGAGAGGAAAGGAGGAUACAAUCAGCUUUGUGAUAUCUGGGCUGUGGGCAUCACUGCAAUAGAGCUGGCUGAGCUGCAGCCCCCCAUGUUUGACCUGCACCCCAUGAGGGCUCUGUUCUUGAUGACUAAGAGUAAUUUCCAGCCUCCCAAAUUGAAAGAUAAACUCAAAUGGACAAAUAACUUUCAUCAUUUUGUCAAACUGUCCCUGACAAAGAACCCAAAGAAGAGGCCCACAGCAGAGAAGCUACUGCAGCACCCUUUUGUGUCUCAGCCCCUCAGCAGGACGCUGGCGAUAGAGCUGCUAGACAAAGCCAGCAACCCCGACCACAGUACAUACAAUGACAUUGACGACGACGACCCUGAACCAGAGUCUCCGGUUUCUGUACCUCACCGUAUCCGUUCUACCAGCAGGAGCGCCAGGGAAGGAAAGACAUUGUCAGAGAUUACCUUUGGUCAAGUGAAGUUUGAUCCUCCAUUGAGAAAGGAGACUGAACCCCAUCAUGAACCGGACUUGCAGUUGGGGUACGGGCGUAGUUCACCGAGUCUUCUGGGAGGAAACAAGAGUCUUCUUAAAUCUGUGGAGGAGGAGCUGCAGCAGAGGGGCCAUGUGGCACACUUAGGGGAUGAUGAGGAUGAUGAUGGUGCUGAUGAUGAUGAAACUCACACUCAUAAAUCGAGCACUGUCAUGAGGCCAAAAGUACCGCCACCGCUUCCUCCCAAGCCUAAGUCCAUCUGCUCUCCCCAUCAGCAACAGCACAAACAAGACGAAAGUCAAUCACACAGCGAGGAUGACUGUGGAGGGGGAGGGACCAUCAAACGCUGCCCGGUCCCAGAGACGCCGAGUCCUGCCAAGACCUCCAAUGUCCCCCCUCGGCCACCGCCUCCAAAGCUGCCACCCCACCGCCGCAGUAGCCUAGGUAACGGACUGAGCGCGCACAAUGGAGAGAGGAGCAGCCAUCCAGACAGGCAGUUCACCAUGCCCCCUAGUGUUCCUGCACGCAAAGACAGGAAAGACAUGCCAAAACCAAUCAGCAACGGACUCCCUCCGACACCAAAAGUACAUAUGGGUGCGUGUUUCUCUAAAGUGUUCAACGGCUGUCCUCUGAAGAUCCAUUGUGCCACUUCGUGGAUCAACCCGGAUACCAGAGAUCAGUAUUUGAUAUUUGGAGCUGAAGAGGGGAUCUACACAUUAAACCUCAAUGAACUGCACGAGACGACAAUGGAACAGCUCUUCCCUCGGCGGUGCACCUGGCUGUACGUCAUGAACAACUGUCUGCUCUCCAUAUCUGGUAAAGCGUCCCAGCUGUACUCUCAUAGUCUGAGUGGACUCUUUGAACAGGCCAGACAUUUGCAGAAGUUACCGGUCUCCAUACCUACACAUAAACUGCCUGAUAAAAUGAUCCCAAGGAAGUUUGCUGUGUCCAAUAAAAUCCCAGACACUAAAGGUUGCCAAAAGUGCUGCGUAGUGCGUAACCCAUACACAGGUCAUAAGUACCUGUGUGGAGCGUUCCAGUCCAGCGUCAUGCUGUUGGAGUGGGUGGAACCCAUGCAGAAGUUCAUGCUCAUCAAAAACAUCGACUUCCCUUUGCCGUGUCCGUUGGAGGUCUUUGAGAUGCUGGUGGUCCCAGAGCAGACCUACCCUCUGAUCUGUGUGGCCGUCAGUAAAGGCACCGAACUCAACCAGGUUGUCAGGUUUGGCACCGUCAACCCCAAUGCCACCUCUUCCUGGUUCACAGAAGCGGACACUCCACAGACAUGUGUCAUCCACGUUACUCAGCUCGAGAGAGAUACGAUCCUUGUCUGCCUCGACAGAUGUAUAAAGAUAGUGAAUCUCCAAGGGAGAUUAAAGUCCAGCAAGUUGUCAGCUGAGCUCACGUUCAACUUCCAGAUUGAAGCUAUAGUUUGUCUCCAAGACAGUGUGUUGGCCUUCUGGCGGCAUGGCAUGCAGGGUCGGAGUUUCAAGACAAACGAGAUCACACAGGAGAUCUCUGACAGCACACGUAUCUUCAGACUACUCGGGUCAGACAGAGUGGUGGUUCUGGAGAGCAGACCUACCGAAAACCCUACAGCCCACAGCAACCUGUACAUCCUGGCUGGCCAUGAAAACAGCUACUGAUACACACGCUCUAGAAACGGACAGCCAGCCGCCGGGAGAAUCACCGCCACCCACGCCAACCCUACCGCUAAGUACCCAUGCAACCAACCUUAAUCUUCACAACCAGCCUGCUGGAAGUCCGCCCGAGGAGGCGGGUGGCAUCCAAGUCCAGGACACUGUUUUCAGGUUGCCGCCAAUUAUAAAUAGAGCUUGCAUAUCAGCACGCCGUAAUGUAGUGAAGCCAGGGACCACUUCAGGCUCUCUUUGAGGUGGAGGUCUCUAUGGGUCCACAUCUUACAACUUACACAUUUUCUAGAAAAGCUGGAUGUCAGCACACAUGCUGAUGUUACCAAGUGGAUCAAAUAUUGGCCAGAUGUUCUGCUGCUUGUUUAGUUUUCACUAACACCAAAUAAAUCAGAAGAUAUCCACAAUAUGAUCGGUUCCAUCCACCUAGAGAGAGAGAGUGAGAGAACACCAAACGUGAAAAGAACCACAAAAUCACUACAACAAACAAGCGUUAUGAGCAGAAUUAAAUCUUUGCACGUUCCACUUGAAUCGGUUCAUGGAUGAGAAACAAGCAGGAGACGUGCAGAACAGAUUCAGGUCAGUUCCUUCAAACUGAAUGGACCCCUGAAGACCACUACAGAACAUAGGACCCUGCACCACACCGGGGACAUUUUGAAAGGUGGCAUAGUGACAUGAGAUGAUGGGUCAUCCAGCUCCUUUGGUGUCUUCAGCUGAAGAAUCGAGACUCGUUCACAAAACCGCCUGCCCCCCAUCCCCCAUACGCCUCACUGGAAAAACCGCACCGAGCACCGUCUAACUUUAGCACUGCUGCUACUCAUCCUACAUGUACUGCUAGCGCUACUAGUUCUGAACCUGCACAGAAACGCCAUGUUGCACAGAAAAUAUCACCUGUUCCUCGCUCUGGCUCUCCUUUUUUCUUUUUCUUUUUUUUUUUUACUGCAAUUUUAUUUAUUGUGGCAUGUUAAAACUUUACCGAUUGGGAUUGUCUUCCUGUUUCGGUUUAAAAAACAAAAGAGGAUAAAACAGACUUAAGAGCUUUCUCAUUAAUAGCCGUCACCACACUACACAAGUGCUUAAUGGACCUCUAUUUAAUUGUUGUAAAUAUAAUAUAAUAUUUUUGUUUGGAUGGAGACGAACACUAGAAGAGUGUGUGUGUGUGUGUGUGUGUGUGUGUGUGUGUGUGUGUGUGUGUGUGUGUGUGUGUGUGUGUGUGUGUGUGUGUGUGUGUGUGUGUGUGUGUGUACAGUACGAGUGUGGAGACAAACGGGCGUGCUGUCGUGACGACAAGCUGGAGCAGCGGCAGGUUGGCGAAUUCAGGCCGAAGCCCGCCACAGGUGGGCAGCGUUUGUAAACUUAUAAUGAACUAUAGCUCAGGAUUGGACAGCGAAAACACAGGAAGCAGCACUGAUUGGUCGUUUUUAUUUAGCAUGCGCCAUCAUCGCAACCUCCUGGUUGUUAGCGCCAUAGCGACUGUCACCGACAGAGUGACUAUUAUGAGUUCUGCUCAUUAGUUUUUACUCAGUUUGUUCCUCCUGGUUUCAGCCUGAUCCGUUUAAUUUUAUGACAUUUUAAUCGCAAAGCUUAAUUUUCUCGUUUUGUUUAUGCAAAUUAUGAUUUUUUUUUUUUUUAUGAACCACUGGUGUUAACAAUUUGCACAGAGAAAAAGGUAUUUGCUAAACAAAUGUGAUGUCAUUAUAUAAUAUAUGACUGUGUGUGUGUGUGUGUGUGUGUGUGUGUGUGUGUGUGUGUGUGUGUGUGUGUGUGUGUGUGUGUGUGUGUGUGUGUGUGUGUGUGUGUGUGUGUGUGUGUGUGUGUGUGUGUGCAUAAAGUGCAUCUUGUACAGAUCUCUCACAAGUCACAGUUUGUGCUUCUGAGGAGCAACAACAGGUUUUGUUUUGUGUUGUUUUGUUUGCUGGCGUAAAAAAAGGAAAAAAACGUGUGCAUGUUCCUCCAGCGUGUUCGCUUUGAGCCGCUGUUGUUAGCAGUAAGGAGCUGGAGGAUGGCUGGAGUUUGCACCACAUGAAACAAGGACCAUUUUAAUGAUCACAA